AUGGCCCAGUCUUACAAGUCAGCAGAGGGCUACAAGCUAGAUGGCAAUGCAGCCUUUCGUGAGGGUAACUAUGAAAAGGCCCUCACAGCCUAUACCCAGGCCAUCACGAAAAGUGGCGGCAGGAUACUCACCUACUUCACCAAUCGAGCGCUCUGCCGGCUACGGCUUGCAGAGUCAGAGGAACAACUUGAAAAGGUGAUUGAGGACUGUGAGCAUGUACUCGAUGCAAAGACAGAGCUGGAUGCCACUGUGAUGAAGGCGAAAUGGUAUACAGGACAAGCGCAACUCCGCCUGGGUCGCCCGAACGAAGCGUAUACGUCGCUCGUUGCGGCUUAUCGUAUUGGAAUACGGGAGAAGAAUCCGACGGCCAUUGAAAUGUAUGAGAAGGUGCUGGAGGCGCGCAAGAUGCGCUGGGAGAGGCAGGAGCAUAAGCGACUCGAGCAAGAUGCCGGGUUGCGCCAAAAGCUGGUCAAGCUGGUGGAACACGACCGUGCAUGGCGGCUGCAGGUUGCUGGCGAGGAAGACGUGGAACAGCGCGAGGCCAUCACUGCAGAGGCAGAUCAGACUCUGGUGCAGCUGCAGGAAAUGCUGGCACGCAGCGACACGCGGUAUGCGGUGAGGGAAGUGCCGGAAUGGCUCAUCUGUCCUAUCAGCCUAGGCCCCUUUGUGGAUCCAGUCCUGACACCCUCUGGCCGGUCAUAUGAGCGGACGGCCAUCAUGCAGCACCUCAAGGUGAACCCAUUCGACCCCUUGACACGGCAGCCCUUGAUUGCAGCCAAGAUAUUCGAUAACCUGGCGCUGCGUGAUGCGUGUGAGGCCUUCCUCAAGGACAAUGGAUGGGCUGUGGACUACUGA